AUGACUACUUCAAAUUAUUUUAAAUGUGAAAAUAAUAUUUGUAAUGAAUCAAAUAACGUGUCAAAAUAUAACUAUGGCGAUGAUGUUAUCGAACUUGUGAAUUUAAACAGCAAUGGAUGUAAACCAUAUAAUGCAAAAGAAACAAAUAGUCUUACAAAACCCUCGAGAAACAAAGCUAACUACAACAAAUUUAAGGAAUCGGAUAGUGACGUUGAAGUAAUUGGUGAUAUAAGAAUUUACAAUGACAAAAUAGACGAAAUAGAGUUAUUAAAUAAGGAUGGAGAAUUAAUUAGAGGUAAAGGUGUCUAUUUUGAAUAUUAUUUAGGUUGUAUAGAGACAGAUUCUAUUAUAUUAUCUAGUGAGAUAUGCGAUGUUAAAAAUGAUAAAGAUAUAAGUAUAAGUUAUGAAAUAACACCCAAAUCUACUAAAAGAUCGUAUUCUCCUAUGUAUAAUUUAAAAAUUAAUGAUAGUUAUAUUAGUUCAAAUGAUUAUAUAAAAAUAAUAGGUAGAAAUAUACAAAAUAAAACGCAAAAAGGUAAAAAAAAUGUGCCUCAAAAAAAGCAAAAAAAAGAAAAUAAUAACGAUAGUUCUACAGUAUGCUAUGAUAUACUAUCUCGGAAAAGUAAUAAUAAUUUUAAUGAAAUAUUAUCAUCAGAUAAAAAAUAUGUAGAAAUGAAUAAAUAUAAAUGUGAAGUUUUAAAAGAUAUUAAUGAAGGACAUCCAUGUAUAAGACUUAAACAUAAUAAUAGAGAUAUAUCAAAAUUAAAAAGCCAUUUAUCAAAAACUCUAAGCGUACUUUUGGUAUUAAAUGCUAUAAGAAUAGAAAUAAAAUUAGAAAAAGUAUCAUUAUGUGAUUUUAAAUUUGGUGGGAGUUUAAAAACUUUUGUGCAUGUUAUUUUAUAUCCUGAUUCAUUUAAAAUAGAUGUACAUAAAUAUCAUGAAUAUAAUUCUUUAAUCAAAUAUAGUGUAAAUAAUUUAUUUAAAGAAUUAAAAAUUGCACCAUUAAGAUUGGCAAAAAAUGUAAGCUCCGAUUCUUUUGACGAUUUAAAUACUAAAAUAGUUACUGGAAAAAACUUUACAAAAAAUAUUGAUAAUUUCUCCAAUAAAUAUGAAAGCUCAUCAGUAACUAUCAACACUAACAACGCCUUUUAUUUAGAUUUUGCAUUAAAGGAGGGGACACAAGGUUCUUCUACCAUAUCUCAAGGAAAGGAAUACGAAGAAAUUUUGGAUACAGCAAGCGAAAACGAAGUAGAAGAAAAAAACGAAGACACAACGAAUCUGGUUUUUUCCGAAGAAAAAUAUAGAGGUGGGUAUUUACUCGAGGAGUUUAAAGAAAUAUAUCCAAAUAGUGUUUAUUUUAAGCCCACUCUAAAAACAUACCAAGCAGAAGGAAUAUGGUGGAUGUAUUUAAAGGAAAAUCCACCUGAAUAUCUGAAGGAAAAUAUCUUCAAAGGGGAAAAGAAAAAUGAAAUUGACUUGGACCAAAUUAUUAGAAGUAAGAGUAUAUAUAGUGAAAUACAUGUAUAUAAUGACGUAUAUAUAGAUAAAGAAGUACAUAUAAAUAGCGAUGUAUAUAUAGAUAAAGAAGUAAAUGUAAAUAAAUACAUGCAUAAUUGUGAAAUUUAUUUAUUGGAUAUGAAAACAGAAAAUGAAUCUUCUAAUCCGAAUAUAAAAAUAAAAGAUGAAAAUGACGAAGAAUAUGGUCACAUGAACGAAAUGAAGAAUAAGGAGCUAGUAAAGACUGAAGAUUAUAACAAUGACGAUGAUAAUGAUAUUCGAAACAAGGAGCCAUUAAAUCCUGUGUGGGAAGAACAUGCAUUUAUACCUAAUAUAAAAAUAUAUGAAGAAGGAAAAUUAAUAUUUGUAUUAAAGUAUUUUUAUAUAAAUAAAAUAACUGGAUGCUUAUCUUUGACAUAUCCACAAUACGUUCCUCAAUUUCGAGGUGGAAUUUUAGCAGAUGAGAUGGGUUUAGGUAAAACAAUACAAAGUAUAGGUUUAAUAGCACAUGAUAUUUAUCAAAAUAAAUUACAUAUAAAAAAUAAUAAUAUAGAAAAUAAAAAUAAUAUUACAUAUUUAAUUGAAAAUACAAUAAAGGGAUUUGCUUACAACAAAGGUGGGACAUUAAUAAUUGCACCUCUUGGUUUGAUUUAUCAAUGGAAACAAGAAAUAGACAAGCAUACAAAAGAAGGUUUUAUAAGUUCAUAUAUAUAUUAUGGAAGUUCAAAAGAUAUAAAUAGCGAUUUAUUGUCAAAAUAUUCAGUGGUCCUUACUACAUAUUCAACUUUAGUUUCUGAAUAUAAAAAUACAUGGAAUAAAAUACUUUCUAGCAAACCCACUAUUGAGGUGAAGGGAAAUGCAACUAAUGUGGGCAAGAGUGAAUACAACAUAGAAAACAAAUUCUCUUAUACAAAAUGGGCGAAAGAAAAACAAGAAAAGGAUGAGAAACCAGAAACCGUUGAUAAAUUUGAAGAAGGGUCAAACAAUGGGCAAGGAAAAGGUAAUGGAAUUAAAAAGAGGAAAUUAAACAACUUUUUUAUGAAAUCAUCAUUAAAUAAUGGAAAAAAUUCAAUAUUAUCUUCAACUGGGGAUAAAAAAACAAAUAAAGUAUUAAAUAGUAUGAAAGACUAUCCACUAUAUAAAAUAACAUGGAGAAGAAUAAUAAUUGACGAAGCUCAUGUUAUAAAAAAUAAAAAUUCAAUUCAAUCAAUUGCUGUUUGGAAAUUAAGAGGAGAAAGGAAAUGGUGUUUAACAGGAACACCUAUACAAAAUUCUCUAUACGAUAUAUUUCCCUUAUUGAGAUUUUUAGGAAUAAAACCAUAUGGUAAUGUUGAAUGGUGGAAUAAAGAAAUUGUUGAUUAUGUAAAUCGAAAUAAAUUAAAUAUAGCAUUAGAUAUAGUUAGAAAAAUAUCUUCUCCCAUUUUAUUAAGAAGAACAAAAAGUUCCAAAACAAAAGAAGGAUGUAAUAUUAUUACUUUACCUAAAAAAAAUGUACACAUAUUAAAAUUAAAGUUUUCUUUAGAAGAAGAAGAUUUUUAUCGAGCCAUAUUUUAUAGAAGCAAAACAAAAUUUGAUACAUAUAUGCAUGAUGGUAAUGUAUUAAGUCAUUACUCUCACGUUUUACAACUCCUUCUAAGGUUACGACAAUGUUGUUCCCAUCCUCUGUUGCUAUUUUCAAAACCAUUUUUUGAAGAGUGGAAUGAUGAAGAUAUUAUAAAUGGAAUGUAUGAAGAAAACUCUAGAAUAACAGAAUCUUCCAUUGAUUCAGCAACUGACAAAUCGAGUAUCUAUGUAAAAUUAUCAAACAUGAAAGUAGACGAUACAUUGAAAAGUGAUACAGUAAAAAAUGAAGUAUUGAAAAAGGAUACUUUGAUAUACAACUUUUUGCAAAAAUCGUCGAAUUCGAAUAAAUUGAGCAGUGAGUAUGUAGAAGAAAUAGAAAUGCUAAAAAAUGGUACAGCUAUGCAAUGUGUUAUUUGUUUAGAAGAUUCGGUAUAUCCAUUAAUCAGUAAAUGUUUACAUAUAAUGUGUAAAAAGUGUGCAGAUUUUUAUUUUAAUUUAACACAAAUAGCAGAAAAAAAAUGCCCCGGAUGUGAUAAUUAUAUAAGUUUAAAAUCGUUAAAAACUUUACAACAAAAUAAAUCACCUUUAGAUGAUUUUUUAAAAAAAAUGAAAAAGGAUAAUUUUGUAUAUUCUACUAAAUUAAGAAUAUUAUUUGAUCAUAUAAAAGAAGAUAUAAAAAAUGAGCUUCAUGUAGUUGUAUUCUCACAAUGGAUAGGGUUUCUUAAAAUAAUUGAAAAAUUAUUAACACUUCAUGAAAUACCAAAUAAAAUAUAUGAUGGAUCAUUAACAUAUGAACAAAGGAAAAGCACACUUUAUUGGUUUAACAUUCAAAAAGGAAAAAUAUAUCAACCAGGAAUUGGAUUUUGCCAAUCAACUUGUGAUAUUCCUAUCGAAAAUGAAUCAGGAAAGGUUUUAUUGUGUUCAUUAAAGGCUGGAGGAGUAGGAUUAAACUUGACAGUUUCAUCAAAAGUAUACCUUAUGGAUUUGUGGUGGAACCCAGCCAUUGAGGAUCAAGCAUUUGAAAGAAUACAUCGAAUAGGACAAUUGAAGGAUGUAAAUAUAUACAAAUUUGUUUUGGAAAAAACAGUAGAAGAACGAAUUUUGCAAAUACAUCAAAGCAAACAAUAUACAGCUAAUCAAUGUUUAGCGCAAGUUGGAAAUAAAAUAAGUACAGAUGUUAAUUUAGUUACACAAAAACUAGGAAUGGACGAUUUUAUACUUAUGUUCAAGGAUUGGAACUGA